AUGGGGAAGACCGGGCAGAGUACAGUGGACUUAAACUCCCCAACAGAGGUCAAACAAGCAGUACCCUUUGAGGAGCUGGAUCCUGUGGUGCCCCCUGCAGAUGACAAGAAGAACAAAGAAGAGCCGCCUGACAGGGGAAGCUGGAAGGGAAAGUUUGACUUCCUGCUAUCAUGUGUGGGAUACGCCAUCGGCCUGGGAAAUGUCUGGAGAUUUCCUUAUCUGUGUGGCAAGAAUGGCGGAGGAGCCUUUCUGAUCCCGUACUUUAUGACCCUGGUGUUUGCUGGGAUUCCUCUCUUCUUCCUGGAGACGUCUCUGGGACAGUUCACCUCAGUGGGAGGGCUUGGGGUGUGGAAGCUCAUUCCUAUGAUGAAAGGUGUUGGUUUAGCUGCAGUGGUUCUGUCCUUCUGGCUCAACAUCUACUACAUUAUCAUCAUCGCCUGGGCUCUCUACUACUUAUUCAACUCCUUUGGUUCAGAGCUGCCGUGGCAAAGCUGUGAUAACUCCUGGAACACUGACAAGUGUUUUUGCAACUACAGUCUGACGGACACCACCAACCUGACCAGUGCUGUCACCGAGUUCUGGGAGCGCAACAUGCACCAGUUGUCUAGUGGUCUGGAGGAGCCAGGAGAGGUUCGCUGGCCUUUAGUGGGCACCCUGGCGCUAGCCUGGGUCCUCGUCUAUUUCUCAAUCUGGAAAGGUGUGGAGUGGACAGGGAAGGUGGUGUAUUUCUCAGCCACCUAUCCCUACGUCAUGCUGUUCAUCCUGUUCUUCCGUGGCGUCACUCUGCCUGGAGCCAUAGAUGGCAUCCGCUUCUACAUCACUCCAGACUUCAAUAAGCUCACUCGGUCUGAGGUGUGGCUGGAUGCAGCGACUCAGAUCUUCUUUUCCUACGGGCUGGGCCUGGGCUCGCUCAUCGCACUGGGGAGCUACAACAUGUACCACAAUGAUGUAUACAAGGACUCCAUCAUAGUGUGCUGCAUCAACUCCUGCACCAGCAUGUUUGCUGGCUUCGUCAUCUUCUCCAUUGUAGGCUUCAUGUCCUAUAUCACCAAGAAACCUGUCCAGGAGUUGGCAGCAUCAGGUCCAGGUCUGGCGUUUUUAGCGUAUCCUCAGGCUGUCACCCAGCUGCCCAUGUCAUCUCUGUGGGCCAUCCUCUUCUUCUCCAUGCUCAUGAUGCUGGGCCUGGACAGUCAGUUCUGCACAGUGGAAGGCUUCAUCACAGCUCUGAUGGACGAAUAUCCCCUACAGCUGAGGAAGAGGAAGAAGGUCUUCAUCCUCAUUGUCUGCUUCAUCUCCUUCAUCAUCGGCUUCUCCAACAUCACACAGGGUGGCCUGUACGUGUUCAAGUUGUUUGAUUACUACUCCGCCAGUGGGAUGUGUCUCCUCUUCCUCGUCUUCUUCGAAACUGUUUCCAUAUCCUGGUUUUAUGGAGCUGAAAGGUUUUAUAAGAACAUUGAGGACAUGAUCGGCUAUAGGCCAUGUGGCUGGUGGAAGCUCUGCUGGAUGUUCUUCACUCCGCUGAUUUGCCUGGGGGUGUUUACCUUCAGUGCCAUUGAGAUGACCCCUCUGACCUUGGGGAAGUAUGUGUACCCGCUGUGGGGUCAAGUGAUCGGCUGGUUCAUGGCUUUGUCUUCCAUGAUACUGAUCCCAGGAUAUGUCAUCUACAUGUUUUGCAUCACCAAGGGCAGCAUCAAACAGCGUUGGCGAAAGAUGACAACUUCCCGGGAGGAUGAAAAGCCAUCGGGGCAUGAAGAAUUUACACACACAGGGAGCGUGGGCGAUGCUUCUGUCUAGCCGGGAUUGUUCAGGUUGAAGUAAUUCCUCUGUCUGCCAGGACUUGUAGUCAAAAAUUUGACAAUUUUUAAGAUGGAGACUUGUACAGCAUUUUACUAUGUUUCCUUUCAUUUAAAAUUGUGUGAAAAUCAGGAUAAGAAGACAAUGACGCUCUUUUGAUAAAUUUAGAGGAUAGAUUCCCUUGUGCAGUAAAAGACUGAGCCCUGACCACAAAUUGAAUGCUACACUGUCGAUCAACAUUGAACCCGUGUAUAUAUGAUGAUGUAUACAUCAUUAAUGUAUGACUGUAAAUCUUCCCAUUUGGACAUUUUCUCUACUACUCAACAAAAUCACUGUCGUUGUCUGUGAGCUUACCAUAAAUGUCUUGAAUGUUGUUGUACAGACGUGUUUAAAAAAUCUGGUAAAACUUGAUUCUAGUUGGAAACUGUCUAUUUGCUUGUGGUAGCUUAAAGACCCAACCAACCAGCCACUGUGAUGUUUUCGUCCAGCAAUAAAUAUGUGGGCCGCUUAUAUAUGUCAUCUUUGCUGAUUCUGCAAAAAUGUAAAAAUUAAGAAAAUAUUUGUGACUUUACUGUGAUGAAAGUUGUACAGGCCAAUUCUCAGUUAACACCUCUUAAAUGAUGUUGUAUAAUCUCAAGUAUUAGCCUUCAUGGAGGCUUGUUUGAUUAAAAUAUUAGGAAAUUGUAAAUAUAAUUGUGUCACCAUGUUAUGUAUUUUUUUUUUUUUUAAAAGAUUCAU